AAAUCUUUAAGAGCAGCUGCUUUAAGAUACUCAUACUUGACCUAGUUACCUACCUAACUUAUAAAACCCGACUUUAGCUAGGUAACGUUAGAUAUGUCCUCAAGUGCCAGGGAGACACGGUGGGUCAACCGUAAACCCCCUAAAAUCCGAGUAACUUGAUUGAUCCAAAACAGUCAUCAUGAAUUCUUAUUGAACAUACCCUAGUAUAAGGUACCCACCGCGUCUCACUCGCGCUUGAGGACAUAGUGUAUAAAGUCGAUUUUAGAGAGAUAUAUAAAGCCAACUUUCAGUCUUUACAACAACACAUAAAAUACCUAAAGUAGGAGGCCGUUCACUUCCCUAAUCCUCCCUCUCCCAAUGGAACGCCACCGACAAGCCGUGCGCCUAGUCUCCGCAACAGUGCGCUCGCUGUUCGAGCGGUCGGAACCAUACCGCAUCUGGCACGGCAGCACCAACUCGACGCGGCCGCCGCACCAAAAAGCCGGCGUCCGCGUCGUCGACAUCAGCGGCCUGCGCGAUGUCCUCUCGGUAGACGCCGCGACGCGCACGGCCUUGGUCGAGCCCAACGUCCCCAUGGACCGGCUCGUCGAGUCCACCCUGCCGCACGGCCUCGUGCCCCCCGUCGUCAUGGAGUUCCCGGGCAUCACCGCGGGCGGCGGGUUCGCGGGCACCGCGGGCGAGAGCAGCAGCUUCCGCCACGGGUACUUCGACGAGACGGUCCGGUCGGUAGAGAUGGUCCUGCCGGACGGGGAGGUCGUCACCGCGCGCCCGGACAAGGGCGACGAGUACGAGGAUUUAUUCCGCGGGGCGGCGGGCGCGCUGGGCACGUUGGGGACGACCACGCUGUUGGAGCUGAAGCUUAUCGAGGCUAAGAAGUUUGUGCGCACGACGUAUAGGCGGACGAGUAGCGUGGAGGAGGCGGUUAGGGUGAUUCGGGAGGAGUGUGCUGCCGAGAGGGGGAACGAUUAUGUUGAUGGGAUUUUGUUUUCGAAAGAUCAUGGCGUUAUUGUGAGUGGGAAGAUGACGGAUGACUUACCGUCCGAGGAUGAGCGCGUGCAGACGUUCAGUCACCCGUGGGAUCCGUGGUUUUACAUGCACGUGCGGGAUAUCACCAAGACCCUACCGUCUUCCGCUUCCGCCUCCGCCUCCGCCUCAUCCUCAAGCUCUUCUUCCGAAGGCACGGUAACCGAGUAUAUCCCACUAUCCGAGUACCUCUUCCGAUACGACCGCGGAGGCUUCUGGGUCGGCCAAGCUGCCUUCGACUACUUCAAGCCCGUGCCCUUCAACCGGUUCUUCCGGUGGUUCCUAGACGACUUCAUGCACACGCGGAUGCUAUACCGCGCACUCCACGGCAGCGGCGAAAGCGCGCGCUUCAUCGUCCAAGACAUCGGCCUGCCGUACGAAUCCGCCGAGCCCUUCAUCAACUACGUGUCCGACGAGCUAGCCAUCUGGCCGCUAUGGCUGUGUCCGCUAAAGACGCCUUCCCGCCCGAGUUUCCAUCCCCAUCUACGAGACGGGGGGAAAGGAAAAAAAGACAAAGCAUCCCACGGCGAAAUGCUCAACAUCGGCGUCUGGGGCUGGGGCCCGGAGGACCGCAACUUAUUCAUCCGGGCGAACCGCGCGCUAGAGCGCCGCGUCGACGAGCUCGGCGGCACCAAGUGGCUGUACGCGCACACGUACUACCCGCGGUCCGAAUUCUGGCGCGUCUACGGGUCCGCCCAGCAGAAGCAGUACGAGGCGCUGCGGCACAAAUACCUCGCCACAAGUCUGCCCGACGUCUACGACAAAGUCAGCGUGAAAGUCGACAACGACGACGCGGUGACGCGGGGGUGGAAGCCCUGGCUUAAAUCCCUGUGGCCCGUCGGUGGGCUCUGGGGCAUCUGGAAGGGGAUCCAGAGUAAAGAUUACAUGCUGCAUCGGCACGCGACGUGGAAGUGGACGGGCGAAGGCGACGAAGCUAAGACGGGGAAGACGAAGUCGGCGUAGUGUGGGAGGGAGCGGGUAUGCUUCCUGCUGUAGGACUAUACUAUUAGUGACGGGUAGGCUAUUAGACUUGGAUAUCCCAAGCCAUUGUCGUGAAAGACUUUGCUGGUCGAUCUAACUAACCUUCUCUUUCCGACGAUAAUAGAGGAUCAGACCUACCGUACAUGUCUGUUCUCCUAUUAUUAACGGUUUUAUUUAUAGUAAGUACCAUGUGUAUUCCAACAUAAUCAAGUAAACAGGGACUAGUUGUCUUAGAAACUCAACGAUAAGUCAUCCAAUCAGAAUUGAGCCGUAGCACAUUAAGGGUGACAUAUAGAUCCGAAUCAUCAACUACGAC